CUUCACUCUUUUACUUCACAUAAACCGGCCUGUCAGGGACUGCUGGGCAGGAAAAUGUGGGCAGUAAUUGGUUGGACAGGGUGUGAUGCGGUUUUUGUUUUAGGCUUUUCAACAUCUCAAGCAGACCUGUCAAUUCCCGAUCCGACGAUACGCAAAAGGAGGAACCCACGGGAUUAUCCUAUCGUUCCGUUCCCAACUGAACUUGAACUUGAUGGCAUGGAACGUCUGGGGGAUAUCAAACUUAUCUCUGUAUAACUGGAUGAUAGAGAGCGCUACAUAUGGUGGAAAACGGUGGUUGAAUAAACACUUUUAACGGAAUCUGAUUAUUGUCCAAUUUCCUCUGAUUCAAGAUAUCUUGGAUCGAUUGAGACGGUUCUGGCAAAGCGUCCUUGGCGCUUACUUACCAAACCUUGCACUCCAACCGGAGUUGUGCUCAUUGGUUGAAAAAUGAAGCACAAGCAAUUUGUCUUUCGGAAAUCCUCUGGACCGAAUUGCGCAGUGUGCGUGGAACAUGUGAUCACGUUUCCUCCCACGAUGACGCCAAAGACAUGUUUUCAUUAUUUAGUCUCUAAAUAUAACGUGCCCCCUUUCGCACAUGAUGCUUUGUACACCGAGCUGAAUCGCUUUUUCCAGGCAGAGAAAAGAGCCGACUUUCUGGAGAGAUAUGCUAAAGACCUAGACUGGUUAACCAACGGUCCAGUUGAUUUGAAUGAACUGUGCACUCUGUUGGAUACUGCCUAUCGAAAGCAUACGUCUGCUUGCCCCACACCGACUUGCACCAGCGACGAGGUACUGUUUGGACAGGCUUACAACAGACUGGUUCAUUCCACCAGGGCUAAAGACCUCAUUCGGCUAGAACAGUCGCUUGCACUUGUUGUAUCCGCGGAGGUCGAUAAGCGUGACCGCGUGCUGCGUCGACUAGCAGAUGAUCUCAUCAACCAGACGGAGUGUGAAUUGCAAAAGCGUGACAUAGACGGACCCACAACAGUCACUCGGUUGCAAGAAUCGCACAUUCGAAUGCGCGAACUAGAAGAGGGACGAUGGGACAGUAUCAUCAGUGAAUUAAAACGGUCCCAACGGAUCUUUUUUCGUGACAAGGUGAUGUCUCUGAGUGCUGAACUUGCAAUCCCCGUGAGCAGCGCCGACACCACCACCUCGGAAUCUGCAACGCACUGCAUCAACCAAUUGGUGGCUCAAAGUGCCGGAACUCGGGAGCACUCCCAUUCCACUGAUGCUCCUACUACCACAAUAUGGUCGGAAAGCUUCACUGUCCAACUUGGGCGCCAGUUACGCACAACGUGUAACUUUCGUCUCAUUCGCACUGACCCAAUGGAUUUACUGACCAACCUGGGCUCCACUCUGCAUCAUUCGCAAAGUAGCACCGAAGAUGACCUAGCUCAGCGCUUGAGUAAUGCUCUGGGCCUCUACUCAAAUGAGCUGAACGGUUUGGUCAUUCUCGUGGACAAGCAGAUUAACUCACUCCGGGGUGUGAAGAAACGUUUGUUCGAUGCUUGUGAGCGUUCCACAGAAUUCCAUUUUUCCGAGUUGGGUUGUCAACUUGCCGACAUUCAAGCCACGCUGGAUCGAAUGGGACCACGCCACAGUGGUGGUAUCCCUUACCCUGCACUGAACUCACCGUCGGAUCUCCAUGACUCUCGACCUUCUACACGUGAACCCGUCCAUGGGGAUGUCUACAUCACUCGUCACUCCAAUCUGGCGGGUGGAAUUGGUGGACUAGCCGGUGGUGGUGGUGGCAUCAGUGUAGUGUUCCACUUAGUGUACGACGAAGCGGCUGAAUCCGAUGCAGAUCGUGUCCGUUCGACCUCUCCGCUUCACCAUGCCUUGUCCGCCAUCUUGCGUACCUGCUUUGAUUAUGAUGUGACCACUCUAUCCCUCCCGUUACUUCUGGUUCCCACGCUGCGUGAAUUCUCUGAUGCGUCGUGGCGUUCCCGGCGUGCCGAGAGCGUCUUGAAACUCUUGAAGGGGGCUCUCAUGGAGUGGAGCACUUGGCGUGGACCGGUGGUGCACUCCAUCCAAUUUUUGGCUCCACCCGGCCUUCCGGAUAAGGAGAUGGAGAGCUACAGCCACCUAAUCACCAACUCUUUUCUGCAACCGGUUCCAGUGUUCGUCCCUAAUUGAAUUAAUUGUGACCUCCAUUAUGGACCAUUCGCUCAAUUUUUUAUACUUUGUGAUCCACUACACCCAACAUUUCGUUGUGCACCUUUAUUUCUGUUCCAUCCUCAUCCUAUGUGAUAGUUACGUAGAUCAUUUUACAGUAAGCCAUCUUUUCAAUCGAUCUCAAUUUACUUUUAAGCCCCUUCGCUGCACUGACGGUUGGUACCCGUUGAAACCGAUAACGUUUGACCUCACCGGUCAUCGGUUAGCAUUUCCACUUAUUUCUCUCAUCCAAAGUUGUACGCGACUUCGAUGCGACAGUUCCCGAAAGAUUCACUCAUCUUCCACUGCUUCGCAGCCCAUUUUUGCUGCCAGUGGUGUCAAGUAACCCUCCGAGAAUCAAAACUUAGUUCAGACAACGAUCACAAAUCAGUCACAAUUCGAGCUUAAAGUCAUACUAUACAAAAUAUUGAAACGACAUUCAUUUGCGGUCGUUUGCCACCGGCCAUUUCUCAUUUUCACGUCUUAUGUCGUCUUCCUAUGUACAUUGGCCGCACACGCUAGUCAUCCGUGGUGCCCUGCCCAACCCACUUCUGCUCUCUCUCUCUCUCCUUGGGACCACAUUGAACUUUGAGCAUCUUAUUCCAAUCCAAUUCUCUUUUGUUCUUCGCAAUUAUGGUCAAUUCGCUUUGGUGGUGCUUGGUUCUAUUGCUGUUCCAUUUGCUCAGUGGACCGGCCCUCGUUACCUCCCGUGCAAUCAUUUUGAAUUUGUUGGCGCGCACGCGUUCGUUCGCUUGCUGCUGUUCGGAUCGCUCCGACUCUCUUUUUUCUGUAAUUUGCCUGCGCUUCGUUCACCCAGACAGCCAAUUUUGCCUGGUAUCUCGACCUCGUGCAAUCAUGAUCA